CUUUUUCACCGUUGGAUGGUAACGAUCAGCUUUCAAAAUUUUUCGUGCAUAAAGCCCGUACAAACCCGUUCUUGGAAUCAUGGCCGGUGGGGAAAAUGAAGAGCAAUCCGAAAUCGUGGAACAGGAAGAGGAAGUGGUAGAAGAGAUGGAGGAAGCGCUGGAAGAGCUGCAAGAAGAAGAGAUGGAGGAAGAAACGGACGUUUCCCGUAUAUCCGUACUGUCGCAAUCCUUCGAGCCACGAAUGUCGAGCAUUGAAGAAGAGACCGAUGCAACACCAGCCGCGCAAGAACCUGCUCGCGAAACGACACCCUCCGUCACUGCUGGAGGGCCUCAGUAUGAGCGCAUAGAGAAGCUGGCACGCCCGAAGGUGGCCCAUCUGGAGGAAACGCUCGAAAGGCACGGUAGACGAAUGAAGGACGCGGCGAUCGAGCGUAUAAAGGGACUGAUCAGCGAGCUGAGAGGGACGGAAAAGCUUGCAUCGGCAGAAGCGCAACAGUCCGCCAUUAAACUACCCCGAAAUUCCGAGCUGAUCUACAAAAAUUUGCAUUGCAGUUUGCGCAAGGUAGCGUUCGAAACGUUGGCCAAUCGGAUAUUCGACAAAAUGCCCGAGCUAAUUGUAAAGAUGCAGCACAACCGUCCCCAGCGGCUGGCACCGGAAACGAAAGUGCUGUACGAUACGUUGCAGGCCACGCUGCAGUGCUACCUGGGGUUGCCGGAGAGCGAGCACGAGGCGCGUAUUUUCGAACAGCUGUGCUACGGGUUGACCAAGUUCGUGGAGAACAUCAUUGAGCAAGUGCAUCAGGAGCAGCAGGAGCGGGAUGAUGCGGAGGGUGGCAAGUUACGCUAUCCGGUUGCGGUUGAGCUGGGUAGAAAAGCGUACAAGGAGCGUCAGAUGAGAACGGGCAAUUAAAAAAAUGGGAAAACAUUACAUUCUAACAAUAAACGGAACAUCUCUUUAAUCAAUA